UUCUUUUCCCGUCUACAUUACCAAAUACCAAGAAUACAAUUUUUUUUAAAAAAUAAAAAGUUGGCUUAUUUUCUUUACAAUAUAUAUAAAUCUUUUAAUACAAAACUCGCAGAAAAUAUGAAACCUGUAGAAAUACCAAGUAAGCAAUAA